UUAUUAUUGAAAUAGUAUGUCAUGAACUUCGUCCUCCAAUUGAUACAAAUGCACCUAAAGGUUAUAUUGAUUUAAUGCAAAAAUGUUGGCAUUUUGAUCCAAGUGAAAGACCAACUGCUGUUGAAUUACAAAAAAAUAUUGAGAAUAUUUCGGUUAAAGAGCCAUGUAGUAAAACUAAAAUUAUGAGAUCAUCAGAUAUUGGACCUAUAACAACAAAUAAUUUACACAAAAAUAGUCUUUUAAGCGAAAUGAUAAAAUCUGCAGAAUCUAUUAUGAGUUUACUAGAUUAUUCAACCAAAUCACCCCAAAUCACAUGAAUCUGAUAUUAUUAAUUUUAGAAAAUCUAAUAAUGAUGGUUAUGUUCUAUAGAACUUGGAUUUGAUAUUUAAAAUUUCUCAAUAU